ACGACAGACAGGGGGCGAGAAGUCUAUUAUUCGCAAUGCAACCCUGGGAGAAACAGCUCUUCUAGGCCUACAAAUCCAGGGUCAUUUGAUGGGUGGAAUAAUUUUUGCCACUCAAAAGGAUCAAUAAUAAUAAUCCAUCAGAAGGAACAGAUAGCCUACAUUUCCCCGGAAAAAGGACAGAUCGGCAUAAGGAGGCAAUUUUGUUCAGAGGGGACAACGUGAGGACAGUAAAAUGUCAUUUCGGGGGAAGCAACUUCAGUCCCUACCAUUUCUUACUUUGUUCAAACAAAGUCUUUCUGGAUAACAUCUCAAAGGAAUAUCAUACUCUCAAGUGUUCAAAGAGACUGUUGGGAUAUUUUUUGAUAGCUUUUGAGGCUUCUCAGCCCUAGGAUCUGUACUAUCGUGCUACAUUACACCCGAGGACAUGUCUGCUGUGCGGCUGCUGCUCCUGUCUCUGCUUUGUGCCCUCUUUGUGUCCCUGUGCCAUGGGGCCUGUUCAGAGGUGGACUCGGACACUGAGGCCGUUGCAGGCAAAGGGUUCAAACUGGGCUGCAUCUCCUGUAAGAUGAGGCCAGAGGUGGAAGCUUCUGCCACGGUCGACUGGUAUUUCAAGGCCAAAGGGGAAGCUGACUAUGCACAUAUAUAUAAUUACAAUGAGGAGGGCCCCCACAUUGUGGAUGAGCGCUUUGAGGACCGCGUGGACUGGAACGGCAGUAAGAGGAGCCAAGACAUACAGGAUGCGUCCAUCUACGUCUUCAAUGUCACCUUCAAUGACUCGGGCACCUACCGUUGCUUCUUCCACCGGCUCCUGACGUACGAGUUCUACGAAUACCAGACCGUUGUCAGCAAGCUUGUGCACCUGAAAGUGGUGGCUAAAGCCACCAGAGGGACAGCCUCCAUAGUCUCUGAGGUGAUGAUGUACGUGUCCAUCAUCGGGCUACAGGCUUGGCUCUACAUAGAGAUGGUAUACUGCUUCAGAAAGAUCUCAGCUGCAGGAGAGGAAGCAAUAAGAGAAAGCGCGAAUGCAGAAUAUUUAGCUAUUGCCUCGGAGAGUAAAGAUAACUGUGCAGGAGUGCAAGUGGCAUAAUAAAACUGUUAUCAGCAAGUUAAAGGAUACGUAAACUCAAAGCAUAAACAAUGGAAAUGCAGCACAGCACAUAGUAGCCUACAAAAUUCAAGUAUCGGAGUGAUAUUUGCAAUGGGCACAGCCAAACAAUGUAUGUGAUGGAUUCGACUUCCACUUUAUCUCCCUACUGCAGCGUGCUGGUGGCAAACUUUCCAGAGUCAAUUAUUUGAAAGAGUCAAUUCAUAGAGUAUAAAAGUCAAGUAAACAGUUUUAAGUAAG